AUGUCGGUAAAUCAUUUGUCAAAUGUUCGUAAUUAUUGGAGUGAAAUUAUGGGAAAUAAAUUGAUACAAGAAACUAUGUCAACCUGUAUUAGAGACACUAAAAAAGAAGAACAAAUUGAGGAAACAAUGGAUCAUUUUGUUGUGUUAUUUGGUAUUGAAAUUUUGUCUUUGAUUCCUGGACGAGUGUCUACAGAAAUAGAUGCUAGAUUAUCUUUUAACAUAGAAGCAAGUAUUGUUAAAGCUAUCAAGUACAUUAAAAUGUACGAAAAAGCUGGAAUUCCCAAAGAACGUAUAUUAAUUAAGUUAGCUUCUACUUGGGAGGGUAUUCAAGCAGCUAAAGUUUUGGAACAAGAACAUGGUAUACAUUGUAAAUUAACUUUAUUAUUCUCUCUUUAUCAAGCCAUUGCUUGUGCUGAGUCUGAUGUUACAUUAAUAUUUUCAUUUGUGGGUCGUAUUUUCGAUUGGCAUGUAGUAAACACAAAUAACAAAAGUUUUGAAACCUUAAAUGAUCCAGGUGUCCAAUCAGUAACCAAGAUAUACAAUUAUUUUAAAAAAUUCAACUAUAAAACAGUUGUGAUGGGUGCAUCAUUCCGUAAUAUUGAAAAGUACCUCUCUAGAACAUCAAUUACAAUGAUGAAUAAUUUAUCAAUGGUAUCUGGCCAACCGAGUGCAGGAGAUGCUAUGAGUAAUGGCAACAACUACAACCUUUCAUUUCCAGCUUUGCCAGUUUUGAAGACUUCGGAGACAAUUGGAACUGCACAAUUUAAAAACCGGAGUAAUUUUAAAUCUUCAACGGUGAACGAAAUAAUUACUAUACCUGCCCAAGACAGACAUUGGGACAGGAAUAGUCAAUUAGAGCAUGAAAAAUGUAAGAAAGCAUAUAUGAAAAUUGGGAAAGAGUGUAAUGUAGGAAUAGAGAUUUGUGUUUCAAAAACCAUGGAUCUGACUUUACAAAUCAGCGGCAAUAGAGUAAAUGUUGAACGAGCAAAACAAAAAAUUAUCACAUUCGAACAAACUCAAAUUAAAACUACUACUACACCGUUCCCAAAAGAACAUCGAAGUACGUUAUUGGGCAAACAAGGACUUAAUCUUAAGAAUAUUGAAAAACGUACAGGAGCACGUCUUCAAAUACCGUGUAUGAAAAAUUCGGCUGACAUAAUUUAUAUAACUGGAACAAAAGAUUCCACGAAAAAAGUAGUUCAAGAAUUGGAGGAAAUUAUAAUUAAGUUGAAAAGUAAAACUGAAAAAGAAAUAAAAAUUGAUCAACGUCACCACGGAGCGAUAAUUGGAUUCAAUGGUGAAAAAGUUCGAGAACUUCAGAAAAUAUUUAAUGUUAAAAUUAUAUUCCCCAGUCCAGUUGAGGCUAGAAAUAAUUUAGUUAAAAUACAAGGUUUGAACGAUGAUGUAAAUAAAGCAUUUAAAUCAUUAGCUGAAUUGGCCGAAGUAUUGGAUGAAAUCAACUAUGUGUUGGAAAUUCCUAUUUUUAAACAAUUUCACAAACUUAGUAUUGGAAAGAGAGCAAUAUUUAUUAAAAAGAUUAGAGAAGAGACUGAUACGAGAAUUUUUUUACCACGCGAAGGAGACAAUAAGGAUGUUAUUAAAGUCAUGGGAAAUAAAAGAAAAGUUUUAAUUGCUUAUGAUAUGAUUAAAGAAAUACAAAAUGAAAUUGGAGACAUAAUAACAAAAGAAAUGGUGUUGGGAAAUGUUAAAGUUAGAAAUGCCAUUGUAAAUCUUGGGAAUAAAUUCAUUCAAUCUAUAAAAGAAGAUUGUGGGGAUAAUGUGACAUUGAAUUUACCAACUGUUAAAGGAGAUAAUACUAUAGUUAUCAAAGGACCUGAAGAUGAUGUUAAAAAUGUUAUUACACAAAUUCAGACGAUGGUUGAUGAAGUUCAUAAAUAUGUGUUUGAUAUGAAAGUAAAUCCGAAAUUUCACAAAUAUUUAAUUGGAACAAACGGAGUCAAUGUUAAAGAGAUCAGACAUUUAACGAAUACAAGAAUAAUUUUCCCGCCUGAAACUGAUUCCACUAAUGAAAAUAUAACUAUUGUUGGUAAAAAAGAGAAUGUUAAUAUAGCAAAAGCAAAAUUUGAAGUUAUGAUAACCGAUAUUGGUAAAGUCAUCGAAGAACAUGUAGAAAUCAAUGAAAAGAAUCAUGGCACUUUAGUUGUCAAACAAAAAGAAUGUAUACACAAAUUGAAAAAUGAAUGUGGCGAUGUUAAAAUUGAAUUUCCUAAUCUUGGUGCUGGAGAUAGAAUUGUGAUCAGUGAUAGUAAAGCAGAUGUUGCUCUUUCUAAACAAAGACUUUCAGACCAUGCUAAAGUUUUGAAAAACAUAAUUGAAGUGACUAUGAACGUUCCUCCAAAAUAUCAUGACCAUUUUGUUGCCCACCACUCUGAAGUAAUAAACCACAUAAUUGGGAAACAUAAUGGAGUUACUAUUAAAUUUCCACAAGCUAAUUCCAAUUCAAGUCAAGUUUUGAUUAAAGGCCACAAGGAUUAUGUUGAAAAAGUUAAAAAUGAAAUCAAUAAUAUUAUUAUUGACUUACGGCAUAGCAGUGGUGCAGUAGAUGCGACGCACCGAGGCCCUCGUGAUUUGGGGCCCUCAAUUCAAAAGAAAACUAAUAUGAAAAAAAAUAGAAGCUUGCGUUAA